AUGUCCGUACGUUCCCUCGUUGUCGGAGGCACUGGCGGCAUUGGCCUCGCAAUUGCCUGUCGGCUGGCUGCCGUGCCGACCUCAACUGUCAUCAUCAGCGGCCGCAACGAACCAAAGGACAUAAGUCACUCCAACAUCAGUUUCAGAUCUCUGGACGCGUCUUCCAUGCGUGCCAUUAAGGAAUACGCCAAAGAAUUCAUCUCUACUCAGGAUGAUCGGCUGGACUUUCUUGUUCUCACCCAAGGCAUCCUGACAAUGGCGGGAAGAACCGAGACACCCGAAGGAAUUGACCGCAAGAUGGCACUUCACUACUAUGGCAGACAGCUGCUCAUUCGCGAGCUCGAUUCCAUCUUGAAAGAUGAUGCCAAGAUCCUCAUCGUUCUCGACGGUAUUCGCGGCAGCCCAAGCAAGUUGAUUUGGGAUGAUUUGGCCCUUAAAACGAACUUCAGCUUAGCCAACGCCGCCAACCACUGCCUGUCAAUGACCGACGCCAUGAUUCAGAGAUACUCGAAGAAGAAUAAGGGAACAAAACGGUGUUUCAUUCAUGCCUACCCAGGCCUUGUCCGAACAAACCUUUUCCAGACACUCCCCUGGUACUUGAGGGCUGGUACUCAAAUUCUGUCCAGCGUGAUGGGUGUUCCGGCCGAUACCUGUGCACAGAACCUUCUCAAUGGCGUAAACGAAGUCUCUGCCAGGGCCGAGAAGGAUGGCAAGUUUUGGGCUUGUAUUGGUCAAGAUGGUAAAAUGGUUACGACGAAGGCUGCAUGGAAUGAUUUUGAUCUCGAGAGAGUCGAAACCCAUACCUGGGAAACCAUUGAUGAGGCCAUCUCUCAAUCUGGCAGUAUGGACAAGAAUUGA